GUACAGACUACGGUCUACCUUUGCCUCAACCUUCCAUACUUCCCGUCCCGUUGUCCACCACGAACCAGCCCCAGACUAGACAAGACAGGCUUGACCAGGGCUCCGUGUCCUGCACAUUCGACACUUCUUUUUUUUUUUUCUUCUUUUUUUCUUCCCUGGCCCUCGGGUAUCCUGGACAUCUCGCCCACUCAUCCAUCCACUCAUUCACUCACUCAAUCCAACCCUUGCCCCCCCCCCCUCCGAGCUCCAUGCUGUACUCUGUGAGGAGAACAAGACCCAGCAUAGAGCAGAACCUCACCUCGAAGUAACUCGGCCGGUUGCCAGCUGGAGAACUACGGGACAGUGUCCACGGCAAGCAGACCAGUGGUAGCAAAGCCGGACGGAGCCAAAGACGAAGAGAUCAAGAGAGGGCGUCGCAGUCUCACUCGCCAUCUCCAAAUUGCCAGCCUAGAUACCGCCGUCUGCCCGUCUCUACUCGAUCUGUACCUUGUCUGGCUUUACUCUCCUUACCAGACAGGCCGCACCGCACCGCACCGCACCACGCACUACGCGCCAAAAGCCCCGAGGAAGCUUGGAUCAAUACAACUAGCAAUUUGCUGUCUUUUUUUCUCUUCCCUCCCCUAAUCCGACCCUCCCCUUCUCUUCUUCCUCUUCUUCUUCUCCUUCACACACGUCCUUGUCUGUCUUCGUCACUUGCUGCUGCUCCCAGUCUGGAGCUUCACCUGCUUCGUUGACGACGUUCCUGGGCACAACAUUACCACAUCUCCGUAGACCGAUCUGGCGGACGGCCCUUCUGUUGUCUUUGCUGGUCACGAGCACAGUGACAGCCACUGUUACUCCUACUUACUACCUUCUCGCACUACGACUUUUACUACUACCACCACCACCACCACUACUAACUACUACUACUACUACUACUACUCACACUACUACUACAACCAAGUCUAUAUCUCCAACUCCGAAACCAGACCAUCGUCCUUACAGCCUUCCCCGUGCUCCGUCUGCCUCGCACCUGCAGUCACAGCAUGUAUGGUCUGCGAAUGACUCGGCACCAGUCAGAGUCAACAACAUCAUCACGCAUUGCGAGCCACAACAGGGGCAGCCCGUGUCGUUCACGGGACGUUCGAUGAGCAGAAGUCUGUCCACCUCGCCCAUCUGUAGCUGCAGCUGUUGAUCUUGUUGCCGGCGCUGCUACCCGAAGCAGCUUGCUACGCGGAGCUUCCAUUCUCGAAGCCAGCCUUUAUAGCCGCCGCCGCCGCCGCCGGAGUCUGUUCGUUGCGCGCGCUGCGUCUUGCUGUGCUCCUUGCUCCGCUGCGGUUGCCCGUCCCCCCCACUACCGCAAAUAUCUCUAUUCCACACCGGUGCCGAACCAAGGUUUCCUGGGACUUUUGUAGCUCACGGCCCAGAAUGGCCGCCACGACCACAUCUGCCCAGGAUAUGGGCACCGUCACUACCACGCUACAUCCAAACACCAACUUGCUUGCUGCCGUUGCUACCAUGAGUCCGAUGCCCACCACGGCUCCGUACGAGACAUCAUCCCCCUCUCAACAAGCUCCGCAUACUCUUGCUACCGGCGCCCCGGUACCGACGCCCGCAUCUGCGCCGACUGCGCCAGCUCCUGUAUCACCUGCCCCUGCUGGCGGAUCAGCAGCCUCCGCGGCCGCGGCUGCUGCGGCUGCGGCUGCGUCGGCAUCGCGCAGCGUCAAGAGGCCGCGUCCCGUCAAGUCAUGUACCGAAUGUCGCAAACGAAAGCUGAGGUGUGAUCGCAACCUGCCAUGCUCCCAGUGCCAGAAGUCGCACCGCAACUGCAGGUAUGCCGCCGAGCACGACUCCUCCAUGCUCUCGGACGGCUCCGAUGCCGAGGUCGGCGAUCAUCUGCAGCGCCCGCCAAAGAGGAACUGUGUACCCGCAACCACGCCUUCGGGACCACCGCCGGCGGAAUCCUCGUUCGUGCCCCUUCGCAACGGGGAGUCGGCCGGCCACUCUGCCCUGGAGGAGCUGACAUUGAGACUGGACCGCCUGGAGAGGCAGUUUAUGAUCAAGAGCCCCGCUGGUACCGAAUUCAGCGGAAGUGGUCAGCGUUUGCCGCUCUCGCCGGGUACAAUACGAGGGCUGACGGUCAAGAGAGGCGCCCUACGAACACGGUUCUUUGGCCAAAACAGCGUGCGUGUCUUGCUGAACCUGUUCGACGACGCCAAGGAUUUCAUGGCAAACCAGUCCAAGAUCGAGGGCAUCCGAGACAUCAUGUACGGUCUGCAGAUACUCCACAAGCGGAUUCAGGAAGAGUACCGAAAGUCCCUGUCCCCCAUCUCUGUUUUUGCCGACUCUGUCAUUCCGGUCCAGAAGCGCAUGCAUGACAUUCUUCCAAAGAAGGCCGUAUGCGACAGGCUGCUGGCCUCGUACAUCGACACGUCCGAAACCAUCUACCGCAUGAUCCACGUACCGACCUUCAAGGAACAACACGAACUCUUUUGGGACGGAAAGCUGCCGGGCGACGACUUCCUCCCGCAGCUCCUGGCCGUCCUGUCCAUCGGUUCGAGGUUCGAGACCAAGUCAAAGGGGCUGGGCCACGAACGCGUCGAGGGCGUGCACAUCCCUACUGCCUGCGCACUUGUCCGGUCGUGGCUGGACGGCCUCAGGGGCAAACAACUGGUGGACUUGACGACAUUGCAGACAGAGAUCCUGUUGGUGCACGCGCAAAGAAUGACCACCCCGCGACCGCAGGACUCGUGGGCCCAGUUGGGCUACAUCGUGCGCAUGGCCAUGACCAUGGGCCUACACCGGGAUCCGUCCGAGUUCGAGCCCCGAAUGCCCGUUUUCCUCGGCGAGCUCCGAAGGAGGUUGUGGUUCACCAUACUCGACAUGGAUUUGCAUCUGUCACUGGCUUGCAACCUCUCGUGUCUCGUGCGCGAGGGCGACUUCACCUGCCGGCCGCCCCGAAACCUCGACGAUGCCGAUCUGUAUUUCGACAUGAAGGAGCUGCCGCCAAGCAAGCCCAUCGACCAGCUUACCGACAACCAGAUGCAGGUGUACGCCGCCAUGACGCUCGGCGUUCGGAUGCAAGUCGCGCACCUGAUCAACCGCGUCGAUUCCGUCCGGGACUAUGGCGAGAUCAUCGAGGUGGGCACGAAGCUGGACCGGUUUCUGGAAGACAUCAACUAUCUGUUCCCGCGGCACGGCAUCCUGAACGAGGUGGAAAAGAGCAAGCAGUGGAGGUCCAGGGUCAUCCUCGACAUGCACGUGAGGCGGCCGUUGCUGGCCCUAUACCGCCCCUUCGCCUUGGGGUUGCCGGACGCGCCGUCACAGAUAUCGAGGGCAUACUUGCGGUCCUCCAUGGUCAUCAUGCGCUACCUCGACGAGCUUGAUCCGCUGCUCACCCACUUCCAGGACGUCAGCGACAUGUACCACAUGGUGCUGAAGAAGGACAUCCUGCAGGCCGCCUUCAGCGUGUGCUUCUACAUCAAGGCGGCCACCGAGUCGCACGCCAACGGCAACACGCUUGGGAUAGCCUCCACAGUGGCCAUGUCGCCCGAUCCCAUGGACGACGGCGUCGCCUUCAGCACCGAGACGUUUGCGCUCUGGUCGCCGUCGCGCCUCAUCAAAACGGUCGAGAAGACGCUCAACUUGCUUGUCCGCAACGUCGGCGGGAACGAUCUGAAGGACAUCGUCGCGCUCGCCGUCGUGCUGGCGUCUGUACAGACCGCGAGUCAAGAGCAGAAGCUGCAAGAGAUCCGGCGCAGCCUGCAGGGCGUACUCGAUGCCUGCAAAGCCUCCACCAAUGCGAGCCCUGAGAAGAUGUCCCUGCAAACCCCAGCCGAUCCGAUGGAUCCAUACAUGCAGACAAGAGCGCCAUUCAUGUUUCAUGCGAAUGCGUCGGCAGCUGCGGUAAGUGACCAUCACGGUGGCUGGGUUUUGUGGGACGGAUGGGACUGGGCUGAUGCGUGGUCGGCAGACUCCGGAUGAUUACGCGGACUGGGACCUGGACUCUUGGAAUCCGAUGCUCCCAGUUCCCUCUACUCAC